GACGUUUCUGAGAUGCUGGAAUUGGCGUGCCUGGCACCAACGAUCAAACCACGCUCAAAGUCACUUGUUUUGCCCAUUCUAAUGUUCAAUCAAACAGUAACUGAAUGCCUCAAUGCCUGUCUGCCUGCUUUAUAUACAGUGGCAAUUUUAGCAUGUAAAUCUUGGUGGGGCAAAACAAAAAAAAGUGUGAUGCAUUCCAGCAAAGCCACUACACAUACAACACUACUAAACAUUACAUGAAUUGCACUAUAACGGUGACACACGGUGCCCACAAACUGUUAGGGCCUACAUAAAGCUGUCCCAACAGCAGAGUCCCAACACUUUAACACUGCUACACCUGGCUUUCAGCGGAUUCUUGUCUGGCAGCGAAACAAUUCAUUCAGCCUCAUUUACUGCCUUUAAUAUGUAAAAAAAAAAAUACAUAACUGAUAUGGCUGACAUGCUUAAACAAAUGGGGUUACUAAUGACAAUUGAGAUGUACAAACUAUAGCAUAAGGCGACGACGGACGUAGUAUUUGUUCAGCACAUUUGAAAUGUACAAAGACAGAAUUCAGAACAUGGCCCGUUCUUACAGUAUUCUCCCUGUACAACAAGUCAGAUCCGUAGGAUAAAUAAAGGGGGCAUAUAAACAGACAAUGAAAGCUCUUACAAUAUUCAAUGAUAAAAAAAAUCUAAAAACAGGUUAUAGGCUGGAUGUGCAUCACCAGGUUAGAACUGUAGGCGAAAAUAAGAGGUGAAAAUAGACCAAAUUAUUAGGGUGAGGCACAUUGAAUGCCGCUUAUAUAUUUGCGUGUAAAAAACAAACAUCAUAUAACACUAUUUGAGGUGUUAAAUGAGCUUUUAAUUUGACACGUCAAAUAACACACUUCUAUUAUAGAAUGUUGUGUGUGCUGAAUUUGCACCACAACAAUGUGUUUACAAAACCGCUUUGGUGAAAAUAGACAAUUAUUAGGGUGAGGCACAUGAGCUACUAACAGUUUACUACACCACAUACAUGUAUGUUUACUGUAGCUAAGAAAGUAAUACUAUUUCCCUGGCAUAUUACAUCAUUAAUGCAGCAACAUACAAGACAUUUUUGGACUCACCUUGUGAAGGUGGCGCAGCGGCCCUUUGUGGGCACAUUUUGUCAUCAAAGUCUGGCAUUCUCUGGAUUUAUGGUGGGAACUCUGGAAAAAACACACAGCCACUCCAUUGAAUAGCUGGCUAACUUUGCAGUGCUUGCAGUUAGCCACUGAUUCCUUCCAAACGAGUCAUUGUUGAAUUUGGGAUUUCCAAUUUGUUGUGAAAUCUUUAUGGCCUAUGAGCACCGAUACGUUUUAUCUAUAAUUUCCCUUCAUAUGACAAGGAUUAAAAAGGAUUUACCAGUAGAUUGUCGACUUGAUUCAUGAUGAUGAUGACUGCUAGCUAAGACUUUGAAAGUAAGAUGUUGACAUGAUUAGUCCAAUCAAAGCUACUGUACAUAAGACAUCAUUUUAAAUCAUUGUAUCUGUGUCCAAUGACCUUGAGCCUUCUUUGAAGGGCACUUGUAAUACAACUAUAUGGCAGGACCCAAAGGGCUGAAAUUUUGGGUGUCUACCCUUCCUAAGGAUGUUAUACUUCAUGAGUGACAGAACACUGAGCCAAUCGCGGCGCAAUGCUCCUAUUUUCUGCUGGUUCACCUCACCACCACAGAAAGCACUGAGCUAGGCUGAAACUUGCAAUUUGGAGCUGCCUUACUCAAGAAAACAAAAAAGAGACCAUGUGUGUAUGCGGCUUUAUUAACUGAAUACAUUGUUUGCAAACUGAUAUGUGACAAGUAUUAACGCUAAAAUAACAUGCAAAACAGGCAAAAAUAUAUUUAUUUAUAAAUAUAUAUGUAUUUUUUUAAGGGGGGUGCUAAAAAUGUGCACCUACCCUGAAUAAACUGGUCGCCACUGUUUAUAUACCACGGCCACAUGACUCAUCUGUAGGAGUGAACCAUUUUUGUGAACAGGGUGGUGUACUUAAUAACCUGGCCACUCAGUGUAAUGUUCCGUAUCUAUAGAUUAGUGCAUAGCCACAGUCAGAAACUCUCCACUAUGGCUCUAGCCAUAGAAAUAUCAUAUAUUUCUGUCAUUCUAUUAUAUUGUAUUUCUAUGGCUCAGACUGCAGCUCUCUCGAGUACAGUGUGAGCGUGGUACCUCUCUCUCGUCUCUGCUCCAUAGCAACGACCUCUAGAUCGGUGUGUACUAUGAACUAGAAACCGACUGAUGCUCUCUCCUUUCAAAUCUCUGAUUCUGCAACAUCCCAUCGCAAUAUAAUAUGGUGUGUUUUUAUUUUGUGAAGCUGGAGCAGUGAGUCGGCUGUGUCUGGUAGUUACCUAAGCGCAUGCAUCUCGGUCUCAACUUGGAAUCUCACACCAGCAAGGAACUAUCAUUCGGUGAUCAAGUAGAUCGAUCAAAUAAAUGAGGAUUGAGAACAGUGACAGUGUAUUGAUUUUAUCAUUGGAGACAUUUUAAUCAACGCUUCUAAACGAUGUUACAAAUUGGAGACGAAGUUUAUUUCUCAGCGGUAUUUCUGCUGGUUCUAUUCGGGACCAGGAGCGCGAUUGGAGCAUCGGCCGUCACCGCAUCCAUUUACGUCUUUAUCGUGAUGUUUCGGUUCCCACAAGUGCCGGCUGACCAGGCAAGUCAAGUGCUGCGGCCCACUGGCCUUGCGAGCGCCGGCGUCCCGGUUGUUGCGCACCGGGCAGGGGGACACGAUGCUCCGGAGAACACCAUUGCAGCGAUCCGAGAGGCCAGCAGGAAUGGAGCCACAGGGGUGGAGCUGGACUUGGGCUUCACUGCAGAUGGAGAGGCAGUGCUGAUGCACGAUGAGACGGUGGACCGCACCACCAACGGGACGGGAGCGGUGGGCACGCUGCGUCUGGCAGAGCUCAGGACGCUGGACGCCACGGGCAAACACAGGCUUGGGGAGAAGUUCAAGGGGGAGAGGGUGCCAACGCUUCAGGAGGCAGUGGAGGAAUGCAUCAACCACCAGCUGACCAUCUUCUUUGAUGUCAAAGAUCAACCUGAUAAGGCAGCUGCAGCCCUAGGAGAGAUGUAUCACAAACACCCUGUCCUCUACAACUCCAGCAUUGUCUGCUCCUUUCAACCUAAAGUUAUCUACAAGAUGCGUCAGGCGGACCCUGGGGUGGUCACGGCCCUGACCCACCGGCCCUGGAGCCUCAGUCGCUAUGGCGAUGGAACACCCCGUUCCCUGUCAACGUGGACAAACUACUGGCUGGGAGUUCUGGAUGUGCUGCUGGACUGGGCCCACCAUCACCUGCUGUGGAACCUGUGUGGCGUCUCAGCCAUCCUCAUGCAGAAGGACUUCAUCUCCCUGUCUCCACUCCCCUCAUCUAUCCCUCUCUACAGAGACUAUGUCCAGUACUGGGCAGAGCGAGGGGUGGAGGUGGUGGGCUGGACCAUCAACACGGCCGUGGAUAAACAGUACUACCAAGAUGUCCUGAAGAUCAGCUACAUCACUGACAGCCUGAGGGAAGACUGUGAGCCUCACUACUGACUGACACACAACACACACACAGUUCUAGACUAAUACCUAACAACGUGUAGUUGUACAAGGACUCAGACCUCACUAUCAUAGGGAAUAUGAAUAUGGAGUAUGAAUGUACAGGACAGUACACAUCCAAUAUAGCUGCAUAGCAGAUCAUUUUCUAGUUCAGGUUGCCCCUUUUAACCAGAAUAGUUUUUACUGCAGACACUCAUACAAGAUCAUACAAUGUCAACCCUCAUUUGACAACUAUACUACACCAACAAUACCACCAUAAUCUCAGAAAUACUCUCCUGGACCAAUCAUCACACCACUAAAUGCAGACAAUUUGCCAUGUUGAAUUGUUCAUCUUAAUACAAAUCUGUGCAUGAAGAGAUUAGGCUACAUUCAUUAAUAUUGUAUUAACGAUAUGACACUGAUAUAACAAUGGUACAAAAUACAACUCUCUUUGUUGACAUGUAUCUUUGAUUUCUUAAUGAAAACAUGAUGUACAAUGUAUCCUUUAUGAAACCAUGUUAUUUAUUGUGACUACUGCAGGCCCACUGUAAAUAUUGGGAAAAUAAACAUCCCCUGUCCUAAUUUA